GAUCCCUUCAAUUCUAGUCGUAAAAUAUUAUACAGAGUAGGUCAUAAAAUUUUCCCAGUUAAUGAAGUAAUUAACUGUAUUUCUCACUAAUGGAGUCUUAAAAUAAAGAUAAAUUAAUGGUAAAUUUUAAAUUUUCGUUUAAUUCAGUAAAUGUGUAGUCUUUUUCACCAGUUCCAUAGUUUGUUCAAGUAUAAUAUUUACAAUUUUGUUAAUUCGCCUGUAAAUAAUGUUUAUAAUAACGGUACAAUUAUAAUGAUAUAAUUACGAUAAUGUUUAUUUUAAUGGUUUUGUGAAGUUCCAAUGGUAUCAUUUAGAAGUAGUGCCAUAGUGAACAGAGUUCGCAAUGUGUACAGAGAUAACACUAAGGACUCUGCACUUGAGAGUUUGAGACUUCAGUCAGUGAGUAUUUCGAACAUUCGGGACUUAUCUGUAGGCUUUUCGAGUUCAGACUCCAGUGAUUUCGACCUUGAAAGUAGUCAUUCAAGUCUCCAUUUGAACUCCAGAAAACGCGUCAAUGAACGUAGAGUUAUCAGAAGCCGCUCACAAUCUCUUGAAUCAAUUGCUUUACAAAGGAAUAAUACCUUCUCACAAAAUGAUAAACGCCUACACUACGAUAAUGGAUCGCAGUAUAAUGGAUUAGAAUAUGAACCAGAGGAUAAAGUAGAGGAUGAAUAUGAGAGUGUAAUAGGAUCUGAAGAUGAGUAUAGAACAGCAAGUGGAACUCAAGAGGAUAUUAGUCCAUUAGAUUUAUUAAUGAACUUUACCAAUGAUACAAAUGAUAACCAUAGUAUGGGAAAGACUAAAUAUUCUGAAAACAACUUAACCGUAAGUGAUAAUUCAAGUGAUAAAUCGAACUUUGUAAAUUCUGAUGACCUUUCCAUUAAUACUCCGCUGUCCAAUUUAUUAAUACUCGAACCACAAGUUGAUGCUUAUAAUGGAAAUAAAUUAAAAUCUAAGCCCCAAAAAAACAUUAAACAUGCUCCAAUUCAAUACAAUUCGGAUAAUGCUACUAACACUAAUCUGAAUAAUGUGGAUGAAGUGGAUUAUAUUGAGGAUAAAAGACUAAGGUUAAGUUUUGAGCCUAAAUUAUCGGUGGUGGAUGAUUAUAGUUAUGUCCCUUCAAGAGUAGUGAUAAAUAAAAGCCCCUUUAUUAUUGGCUCAGACACAACUUGUGACCUUGUUUUACCAAAAAAACACUUCAAAUUCAUCGCUCCAAAACAUGUUAAAUUCGCUCUAGAAUACUCUGACGCUGAUCAAUCCAAUAAUCAACCCAAUGGUAAUAAUCAACAAAACGGUAAUAAUCAACAAAAUGGUAAUAAUGAUGAUAACUUUGUGGAUAAUGAGUUUAGAGUAAAGAUAGCCAGAUGUACAAAGAGUGGUGCGUUAUAUUUGAAUAAUAAUUUCUUGAGAGGAAGUUCGUAUAUUGAGAGUGGUGAUGUGAUUUGCCUAGGACCAAGGAAUAAUUUUUUGGCGUUUAAAUUUCACUUUCAGGAAACUAAUUUAAGCUCACAAAAUCACUCAGAUGAUAGAAUAGUGAUCAGUGAUGACAUUGAUUUAAUGGAUGUUAAGAUUUUCGUGUUCAAAUUACCCAAAACUGACACUCCAAGGAAUGGACUUAAUAGUGGCAGGAGUGGUACUAGUACCUUUAGGAGUAACUAUACUAGUGAUGAAGAAUGGAGUGGAUACGAUAGAACUCCUUCUAGAAGACAUUUUAACCAAUUUAACAAUUACUCCAGUAAUAGUGUUAAUAGUAGUGUUGAUAAUGUUAACAGUGGGAAUGUGGAAAAGGCUGAUUAUUAUAGGUUGAAAAGCCCAGUUAGGAAGUGUAAUAUCAUAGAAGAGGAGGUAAGAGAUCCUGUGGAUGAGGAGUGUAAUGUUGAUUUGGAUUCUAAGGAAACAGAACCCUUUUUAGAGUAUUAUAGCUCAGGAAAUCAAGAUAACUCAGUCGAAGAUUUCGAUGAACUAGAUCUAAAUUAUAAACAGGAUGUAAACGGUGAAGAACUAGAUCCAAAUGUUAAACAUACGCCAAAUUCCAAAUCAUCGCCCAGAAAUGAUCAAUACAAACUCAUCGGAAUUAUUGAUUGUUGGAAUAACAUGACGAUUUCGGAGAUAUUACCAGAGUUAAAUGAAGCAAUGAGUAAAAAUAUGUAUGGAUAUAAAGAUGGAAAGUAUAGUUUAAUAGCAAAUAAUAAGGAAUUAAAGGAGAAGGAGCUGGAAUGGAAAGUAUAUCAGCUUGAGCUGUUAAACUGUGAAAUUCCAGAGAUUAAGGAGGCACUUGAGACCUUCGAAGAGUUUAAGGGUGAUGAAAACUCGCUUGAAAAUAUAAUUAAAAAUAACCUCUGUAAAAUACUUUUCGUCAAUCUCAACUAAUUUA